GGCGCGCGAGCUAGCACGAGGACAGGGCCAAAGACCCGGAAUGAGUUUCCGCGUAGUUCCGCCGUGCGGUGCCUGGAUGUGCUUGGCCGUGCCGGGCCAGGACAGGCGUGGCUGGGGACCUGAGUUGGUGGUACUGGGGACAGGCGCUUGGGACAGCCCGCAUCUUGCCGAGGUCCCCGCCCCGUCCCGGCCGGGCCGGCCCGUCUGUCAGUCACUGGGGCGGAGGCAGCGACCGUAGCGGGGCCAAAGCCGGGAGGCGAACAGAUCGCGGGCCAGGCGAACGAAGGGGACCUAGCUCAGUCUCCCAACUCUACCGACUCUGCCCCAGACUCACGAAACUGCAAUCCCGUGCUCCCUUGGACGUCUCCGUAUCUCGCGAAGGGCUCUCUCCCGGGUGAUCUCCCAGCCCCCCUGACCUCAUAGCAUCUAGAAGCGCUUCCAGACUGGGGUGUUAUGGGUACAGGCCGUUGACUCUGUGACCCCUCACGGGCCAGGGCCUCUGUUUCCCCUGUAGGCCUCCCUCCCCUAUGACUUUUGAUUCAAGCGACAGAGCUGUGACCUCCCACUAGGACCCUUGUCUGGGAGCGCCUCACUGACGCCUCCCUUUUGGGAGCCGCCUUAGCGGGUCCCCUCCGAAAAGCACAUCUUUUGACCUCUGCAGCCCCCCCGCCCCCCGCCUCCAAACGAGGUGGGCAGGCCUCGGCAGCCAUGCCCGCCCUGGGCAUCCCUUCAUCCCACCACUUCCUGGGUACUCAAGCCGGGGUCUAGCAGGGGGCCGACAGCCAAAGGGCUGGGGCAAGAGAGAGAUCAGGGUCCACCUCCCUGCCAGGCAGGGAGCAAAGAUGGAGCGGCGGGAGGAGCAGCUGGGGGCUGCAGGGGCUGGAGCAGCACCAGCCUUGGACUUCACUGUGGAGAACGUGGAGAAGGCGCUGCACCAGCUCUACUACGACCCCAAUAUUGAGAACAAGAACCUGGCUCAGAAGUGGCUGAUGCAGGCCCAGGUUUCUCCACAGGCCUGGCAUUUCAGCUGGCAGCUACUACAGCCAGACAAGGUGCCUGAGAUCCAGUACUUUGGGGCCAGUGCCCUGCACAUCAAGAUCUCUCGCUAUUGGAGCGACAUCCCUACUGACCAGUAUGAAAGCUUAAAGGCACAGCUCUUCACCCAGAUCACCCGCUUUGCCAGUGGCUCCAAAAUUGUGCUGACUCGGCUGUGCGUGGCGCUGGCCUCACUAGCCCUCAGCAUGAUGCCUGACGCUUGGCCAUGUGCUGUGGCGGAUAUGGUUCGGCUCUUCCAGGCUGAGGACUCACCGGUGGAUAGCCAGGGCCGUUGUCUGGCCCUGCUAGAGUUGCUGACAGUACUGCCCGAGGAGUUUCAGACCAGUCGCUUGCCCCAGUACCGCAAGGGUCUGGUGCGGACCAGCCUGGCUGUGGAGUGUGGGGCUGUCUUCCCAUUGCUGGAGCAACUGCUACAACAGCCCAGCUCCCCCAGCUGUGUGCGUCAGAAGGUGCUCAAGUGCUUCUCCAGCUGGGUGCAGCUGGAAGUACCCCUGCAGGACUGUGAGGCCCUCAUUCAGGCAGCCUUUGCUGCUCUGCAGGACUCGGAGCUCUUUGACAGCAGCGUGGAGGCCAUUGUCAAUGCCAUCUCCCAGCCUGAUGCCCAAAGGUACGUGAACACACUCUUGAAACUCAUUCCGCUGGUGCUGGGACUGCAGGAACAACUGCGGCAGGCAGUGCAGAAUGGGGACAUGGAGACCUCCCAUGGCAUCUGUCGCAUUGCUGUGGCCCUAGGCGAGAACCACUCUCGGGCCUUGCUAGACCAAAUAGAGCACUGGCAGAGCUUCCUGGCACUCGUCAACAUGAUCAUGUUCUGCACAGGCAUCCCUGGCCACUAUCCUGUCAACGAGACCACCAGCUCCCUCACUCUCACCUUCUGGUACACACUGCAGGAUGACAUUCUGUCCUUUGAGGCAGAGAAGCAGGCUGUAUACCAGCAGGUGUACCGGCCAGUCUACUUCCAGCUGGUGGACGUGCUCCUGCACAAGGCCCAGUUCCCUUCUGACGAGGAGUAUGGAUUCUGGUCCUCAGAUGAAAAGGAGCAGUUCCGAAUCUACAGGGUGGACAUCUCAGACACACUCAUGUAUGUCUAUGAGAUGCUGGGGGCUGAGCUGCUCAGCAACCUCUAUGACAAGCUGGGCCGUUUGCUCACCAGCUCAGAGGAGCCCUACUCCUGGCAGCACACAGAAGCCCUGCUCUAUGGCUUCCAGUCCAUUGCAGAGACCAUCGAUGUCAACUACUCUGAUGUGGUACCUGGGCUCAUUGGCCUCAUCCCACGGAUCAGCAUCAGCAAUGUGCAGCUGGCGGAUACUGUCAUGUUCACCAUUGGCAAUCCUGAGCUGUCUGUGUCAUCUGUGUCGACCCUCAAAAAGAUCUGCCGAGAGUGCAAGUAUGACCUGCCACCCUAUGCUGCCAACAUUGUAGCUGUCUCCCAGGAUGUGCUGAUGAAGCAGAUCCACAAGACAAGCCAGUGCAUGUGGCUGAUGCAGGCCCUGGGCUUCCUGCUGUCAGCCCUGCAGGUGGAGGAGAUACUGAAGAACCUGCACUCACUCAUCUCUCCCUACAUCCAACAACUGGAGAAGCUGGCAGAAGAGAUACCUAAUCCUUCCAACAAGCUGGCCAUUGUCCACAUCUUGGGGCUUCUUUCCAACCUCUUUACCACACUGGACGUCAGUCAUCAUGAGGAUGAUCACGAAGGCCCUGAACUCCGGAAGCUGCCAGUGCCACAGGGACCCAACCCGGUGGUGGUUGUGCUGCAGCAAGUCUUCCAGCUCAUCCAGAAGGUGCUGAGCAAGUGGCUGAAUGAUGCCCAGGUGGUUGAGGCGGUGUGUGCCAUCUUUGAGAAGUCUGUUAAGACACUGCUGGAUGACUUUGCCCCCAUGGUGCCGCAGCUCUGUGAGAUGCUGGGUCGGAUGUACAGCACUGUUCCCCAGGCCUCUGCUCUUGACCUCACUCGACAGCUGGUCCACAUCUUUGCCCACGAGCCUGCCCACUUUCCCCCAAUAGAGGCCCUCUUCCUGCUGGUGACUUCCGUCACACUCAGUCUCUUCCAGCAAGGGCCCAGGGAUCAUCCUGAUAUUGUUGAUUCAUUUAUGCAACUCCUGGCACAGGCUUUGAAGCGGAAGCCAGAUUUGUUCCUGUGUGAGCGAUUGGAUGUCAAAGCUGUGUUCCAGUGUGCUGUGCUGGCCCUCAAGUUCCCUGAGGCACCUACUGUCAAGGCCUCCUGUGGCUUCUUUACUGAGCUGCUGCCUCGAUGUGGGGAAAUAGAGUCUGUGGGGAAAGUGGUACAGGAAGAUGGCCGUAUGCUGCUCAUAGCAGUGCUGGAGGCCAUCGGGGGCCAGGCCUCCCGUAGCCUCAUGGACUGUUUUGCCGACAUCCUGUUCGCCCUGAACAAACACUGCUUCAGCCUUCUGAGCAUGUGGAUCAAGGAGGCUCUGCAGCCACCUGGUUUUCCAUCUGCCCGUCUCAGCCCUGAGCAGAAGGACACCUUCAGCCAGCAGAUACUUCGUGAGCGAGUGAACAAGAGACGGGUGAAGGAGAUGGUGAAGGAAUUUACACUGCUGUGCCGGGGGCUACAUGGCACAGACUACACAGCUGACUACUGAGGGACACGUGUGUCCCACCUCACCCUUUCUUACCCCUUCCUGUUCCCAAAGAGUAAACCUGGACUCUUACUGCUGCCUCUGCCUCCUUUCUCCGUCCUCCAUCACCUACAUGGAUCCAGGCCUGACGGAAGAAUGGAAGGAUGCUGGGACCCAGGCCUUGGUUUAGAAUAGUGGGAACAUAGGGAGGGUGUGGUAGCAAAUGCCUUUAAUCCCAGCUCUUGGGAGACAAAGUCUAGCAGACCUGUGUAAAUUCAAGGCCAGCCUGUUCUACACACUGAAAUCCGGGAUGUCCAGAGCUGAGUAAUGAGAACCUGUCUCAAAAACAAACAAACAAACAAGCCAAAACAAAACAAACAAACAAAAAAAAAACAAGCAAAACAAACAAGAAAGAAUGGAGGGGACACCCAGCUCUCAGGGUGGGUGUUAGUGUCCAAGCUGCCUAGCCUGGAACCAAAUACGACUUACUGUUCUAGCUCCCAGGGUGAGAGGCUACAGUACAGCAGCAUCAGCAACCCAUAUACACUCCUGUUAGAUUCAUGCAUAUAUUUAAUCAGCAACUCUGAGUACUAGGUUCCUGCUUCUAAGCCAAACAAAGGCUGGCCCCAUCAUCACUACUGCUCUCGGUAGAGAAUGGGUGCAGAAUGGCAGUGUGGAGAAAGUUGCAUUUCUGUUGAGAAUAUGUGCCUUCAGGAUCCACCUGGGGAGUGGGGAGAAAUGGGAUGGAGAGUAGAUUUCCAGGGUGGAUGUGUGAUACGGUAUUUUAUUUCUACUUAUGUUCAUUUAUAUUGAGUACACUUCAAGGGGACAGAGAGAGGGGCUGCAACCAGUGUACCACCUGCACCCUGAUAAGGUGUUUUAGAACACCUGAACUUGCACAUGGUCAAGGGGACUGUAAAAAGUAAGAUGGAGUGAGAGGAACUGGAAAGCCUUUCAUCCCUUAAAGGAGGAAUAAGGGUUACUUAAUGUUGCCUGUGUACCCCAGCUCUCCCUUUUGGCACCUUUAAUGCAGAUGAGCUCAGCCCGUCAGGACCACGGACAGCACCCGGCAGCUGUACUCUUUCCCUUUUCUUUCUCUCAGCCAUAGUUCUGUCUGCCCUGGCCUUCUGGUUACCCAUCAGUAAGAUCAGAAGAGCGGGGCUGAGUUCUCCCCACUCCCAUCCAUGACAUCUGAAUCCACUUGAUGGAUGGGGUAACUGCAUCCCAUCCUCUGAUCUUCCCCAGCCUUUGUAUUGAUUCUGCCUUUCAUCCUUUUCCAUCCGGUGUCUUCCUGAGCCAGCUAGUAGCAUCAGUGUCUUCCACUUCAUUAUUUAUCCCAUCAUUACCCACUCCUGAGUCCCAAUUAAAAAAAAUUAUG